UCCCCGCCCCCUGGACGGGACGGGCUUGGGCCGUGGCGGCGGCGGCGGCGGGUCCCGGUGCGGCGGGGGCCAUGGACCUGCACAUCCUGGAGCACCGGGUGCGGGUGCUGAGCCUGGCCCGCCGCGGGCUCUGGCUCUACACGCACCCGCUGCUCAAGCUGCUCUUCCUGCCCCAGCGCUGCAGGUGCAAGUUCUUCAGCCUGACGGAGACCCCCGAGGACUACACCAUCAUGCUGGACGAGGAGGGCUUCAAAGAGCUGCCUCCCUCCGAGUUCAUGCAGGUGGCGGACUCCACGUGGCUGGUGCUCAGUGUGGUGUCCAACGGGCGCGAGCCCCCCGGCUGCCAGGCCACCGGCGUCACCAAGAUCGCGCGCUCGGUCAUCGCGCCGCUGGCCGAGCACCACGUCUCUGUGCUGAUGCUCUCCACCUACCAGACCGACUUCAUCCUGGUCCGGGAGCGAGAUCUGCCCGUGGUGAUCCACACACUGGCCGGGGAGUUUGACAUCUACAGGGAGGAGGGUGGUGAAUGCGUCCCCGUCACCUGCGAGGAUGUGAGCAAUGGGUUCCUCAAGCCCAAGCCGGCUGCCAGCCCCACGCUGCACCCGGUGCAGAGCCCCCAGACCCGCUUCUGCAUCCUGACCGUGGCCCCCGACACGCUGCCCGCCAUCGCCACCAUGCUCAUCGACGUCCUCUUCUACUCCCACAGCCCCCCGCGGGAGGCCGGUGCCGGCAGCCAGGACCUGGACUCCAUCACCUUCUUCGCCUUCUCCCUCAUCGACGGCUACAUCUCCAUCGUGAUGGACGCCGACACCCAGAAGCGGUUCCCCAGUGACCUGCUGCUGACCAGCUCAACGGGGGAGCUGUGGCGGAUGGUGCGGAUCGGGGGGCAGCCCCUUGGCUUUGAUGAGUGCGGCAUCGUGGCACAGAUUGCAGAGCCACUGGCCGCUGCCGACAUCUCCGCCUACUACAUCAGCACCUUCAACUUCGAUCAUGCCUUGGUCCCUGAGGAGGGCAUUGCUGAGGUCAUCCAGCUGCUGCAGCAGCGCCAGGACAGCAGCAGAUAGUGGCCGGUUGUCCCCGUGCCGGGUGGCCCAGUGUGGUGGCACUGGGGGGUGUGGGGGGUGCCCCUGCCCCUCCUCACCCCCACUGUAUUCCUUAGUUUUAAUGUUCAGGCUCCCCAUGGUGUGGGGCAGAGGUGAGUGCAGCACCGCUCCCUGCCUGCUGGGGAUGUGGGGACCUGGUGGCCUCAUGGCAAUGGGACAGUGGUCCUGCUGCACCAUCCCGUGCCUCCAUCCCCGCUGGGGGCUCAGGAGGAGAAUGGAUGUCCCCAGGGACCUGCUGGAGGAGGGGACGUGCUGCAGAGCAGUGAUGGGGGUGACAACCCAGGAUGUG